CAUGUUUACAUUAAAUUGCGAAAACAAAGAAGUUCAAAAAUAAUUUUCUUUAAGUAAACUUAAUUUUUACACGACAAUCGUUUAUUAUGUCAAGCGUAACAGUACUUACUCCUCAUGGACGACGUCAAGUGGUUAAAAUAGAGCCUAACAAGACUAUAUUAUGGAUUUUGGAGAAAGUAUGUGAGAAAUACACCGAGUUCCAGGCUGAAGACUAUAAUUUAAAGCACCACAAUAAAAUUGUCGACUUAAAUCAGUUCUUUAGAUUCUCUGGUUUGCCGAAUAACUGCACUCUAGAGAUGUCUGAGAGUGGCAAGAAGCGAGUUGAGCAAGACGUUGUCAUUUGUCUUCAAUUAGAAGACGGAACUCGUUUAAAUGGAAGUUAUCAGCCUACAAAGACACUGUAUGAAAUAAUCACAGAUAUGUGUCCCGAAAAGUCAUCAAGUGACCAAAGUCCAGUAGUUAUCUACAUGAGGAAUGAAAUUCACGGUGAUAAUUUAAAUACGACAACUUUAAAGUCUCUUGGUUUGACAUCUGGUGGACGUGCAUUAUUAAGACUGAUUAAUUCAGAUCCAGAAAGUUUAAAAGUUCAAGCAAAUGUGUCAGCACCUUUGCCUCAAAAACCAAAAGAGGAGGAAGAUGAUAAGCCAAAAGCUAAAUCAAGUGGUGAGCCAUCAACAUCAUUUCAGCUUCAAAGUUUCCAACAGUUAAAAGACGAAGUCAAAAAGGUAGCAAAUCAACCAAAAGUGGAUAUGGAUGUUGAUGAAGGCUUUAAGGAAUCUGAACCGGAAGAAACUCCUGUCAAACAGCCAAACAAAGAAGCAGCAACUCAGAAAGUCAUUGAAUCUAUUGAACCAGUUCAACCACAAGCAGAUUCAGUUAUAAACAUAUUAGAUAGUCGCGGAACUAUAAUUUUCUCUUUAGAUUCCAUUCAAACUUCAACAAUUGACUUGCCAGAUAGCUUUUUCGAGCUUACUGAAUCUGAUGUCAGGUUGCUGUAUAAAGAGCUUCGCAAUCAAGUAGAAAAUGACGAAAAUGCUCCACUAAUGACGUCAGAAUUGAGGAAAUUGGAAGAGAAUAAAAAGAUACUGAAUCAGUUAGCGACUUACAAGAGCUGUGCCAUACGUAUUCAGUUUCCAAAUCGUCAUGUGAUACAAACGAAGUUUUCAACUGUCGAGACUGUCGGUGCCGUUAUGGAUUUUAUUAAAGAAUUUCUAAUCAAUCCAGAUGUGGAGUUUUAUUUGUUUCAAACACCACCAAAAACAAUUCUCGAAAAAUCCUCAACAUUAGUUGAAGCAAAUUGCGUUCCUUCAGCGUUGUUACACUUUGGAUGUGAUGAAAAGCCCGAUGAUUUUCUUAAACCUGAAUAUUAUGACAAAUUGUCAUCAGGAUUUGGUGCCGCGCGAGUCCUUUUGUCAUCAAAUGAUGCUCAAAGUCAUGCAGAUGAUAGCGAAGCAUCAACAUCUUGUUAUUCUGCACCUAAAAACUUCUUGGAAUCUAAAUCAAGUGCAAAACCUAGUGGAACUGUACCAAAAUGGUUCAAACCUAAUAAGUAAAUUGCGAAAAAAAAAGUAUUCAUGUAUCCUUAAUAAUCUAUUUUUUUUGUAUCCGUCAUAGACGGGACAUUAUUUGUUAAAUAAAGUGCUU